UGAUAUCCGUGGCCGGCCACGCCCCCCAGUCAGCAGAGUCAGUGAGAGUCUGAGAAUGGCGCCUGCAGCCGGGAGUUCAGUCCGUUCGUACCAGAUCGUCAUAUUCGGGGCCUCGGGCUUCACCGGGCAGUUCGUGGUGGAGGAGGUGUCCCGGGCGGCGGAUGGAGGAGAUUUCAGAGGACAGGAGCUGCGAUGGGCUGUGGCCGGCAGGAGCAGAAAGAAGCUGGAGGAGCCAAACCACAGCUGAAGUCCAUUGACAUUAUAAUCUGUGAUGUUAAUGAUCCCCCCUCCCUCGCUGAAAUGUGU